AAUGGCUGAUGAUUUGCAGAAUUUUUUCCCCAUUGAUCAGUUUACCGUUGGCAGAUUGAUCAGGGGAUCUUCAAUAGGAAUCGAUAACUCGGUUGAGUUCAGAAAAAAUGUUAAAAAGACACAGGCUUCCACGAAAAAAAAAUGCUCUGAAUGCUCCACCAGAGUUGAGGAGGUGAAGUGUAAGCAGUGUGAUGUUCCCUACUGUGAGGACUGUUUCGACUCUGUUCACGGUUCAGCGCGUUCAUUGAAGAGCCACGAGAAGUUACCAUUGCCAAUUGACGUCACUCAGAUUCGGACUUCCAUUGAAGUCGUUCCCUGCCCACAACAUAAUGAUGUGAACCAGGACUUUUACUGCAAAACAUGUUCUCUGCAGCUGUGUUCGCGAUGUGCUCUUCUUUCACAUGGGCAGCACGAAAUUGUUCUACUAUACGAUCAGAAUAAACUGAAGCAGAAGUCCCUGAAUGAAGCAUUGGAAAAAGCUAACCGCAUCUAUAUGAGACUCCAGUUCACCAAAAAGGUGAGUCAAAUCACAUAAUUUUUUAUUUCGACAAAACUAAACAGGCUAAUUGAAAUAAUUUACUAUAUCUAUACAGUUGGCUCCUGUCAAAAUAAGUAUUCUACGUCAUAUCUCUCAAGUCAACUGCCGUUAUAGUUUGUUGUUCAAAUAAUUGUUGUUAUUCGCACCUAUUCAUGACGCAAAGCACCGUACAAAAAUUAAACACUCAACUUUAAAAGUGAAAAGGUCAAUGAGAUAAACACUGCAAAAAAUGACAAUACUAUAAUGAUUCCACAUCAAACAUUAUACAUAUAUACAUGUAUGGAAUAGCAGUAAAAUUAAGUCUAGAUCCAAACUAUCAAAAGUACGUACAAAUAAUUUAAAGUAAUAUUUAUCCUAGUCGUUGAUAGAUGUACACCAUAUAAGUUUUGGAAAGGCAUAAUUUAAUGUGGUAGGCUAAAAUAUUUUUAUAUUAGUCUAUCAAAAAUGCUUGCAAUAAUUAACAUUCAACUAUUUAAGAACAAUGUAGCAGAAUACUGGAACAGUGUUCGUAGUUUCAGUUACGGUAUAGAUAAAUUGAUUUUUACAAAGUCUAACGAAAAAACUUUCAUGAGACUGCUGAGAUAUAUUGAUUCAACGAUACAUAAUUAUUCAUUAAAAUAAUUGAGGGAGGACCAAGAGACAUAGCCCAAAAGUGUUCCUCCCCGAAUAAAACUGCUUAAAAUCAGAUCUAACUUUUAGGAACAUCCAGUGCUCUUGCUCCCAAUAUUCACAAUCUUUAUUAUAAAUUUCAAAUUUUGAGGUUUUCCAACAUCUGUAUACUUUGCAUGGCAAUGGCACAUAUAAGUUAUUAGUAUACUGGAGUUUAUUGUUGUGAAAAAUACAACAAUUAUUAUGUUUCUAAGAAGAAUUCUGCAGUCUAUCGAAAUAAAAAUAACUACAAUAUUACCUAAUAUAUUCUACUAAUACAUACAUUUCAAAAGACUAUGGUUUACUUAUCACUAAUAAUUACAUCCAUAAUCUUUGGAACCUUCAAUCAUACGAUUUAAAAUAGGCACUUUAAUGUCAUGUUUAAAUUAAAUUGCUAUUAAGAUCUACAAUCAUUGGUUCACUUUUCAUCAGUUGACCUAGGUAAUUCACGCAAGGUACACAAGGAUUUAAAUACCUUACUUUACAGAUCAAACGUUUUGAAAAUUCUAGGUUUUUGACAGCCAUAUACAAUCAAUUCGGUUACUGCAUACUCAUUCUGAAUUAUGCAUCAAUUUGCAAUUGAUGUAUAAUUCAAUAUAGAUUUGCAAUUGAUGCAUAAUUAAAUUCAAAUUUGAGUAUAAAUUUAUGCACUCUUUAAAAAUUUUAAACAGAUGUGAGCAACUGUAAAUGGAAAGCUACACUUCCUAUUAAUACACUAAUUACAUAUACACUAAUAGGAAAAAGUGUGAUGUAAAUUUCGGUAUCCAUGAACUUAGAACAUAUCCUAGAUGAGGGGAAUAAUAGCAUAUAAGUUAUAAGUCUGCCUGGUCUGGUUCUGUAAUGGUUGAAUAUUAUCCUUGUU